AAACACACUCAAACCCCUCAACCUCACCCUUCUCUUUUUCUCUGUGACCUUUUCUCUCAUUUAUUUCAACGCCACCAACUCUUCUAUCUCCUGAUUUUCACUUUCUCUACAUCUUCUCUCUGUAUCUCUGUUGCUGGAUUCUAUAUAUCGUCAUGGCUAAAGAUGAGUGGGUGAGGGCAGCGAUGACGGACGACAUGGUGGUGGUGGAAUUGCUAGUGAGGCUGAAACAGGCGCAGGCCGCUUCACCGGGGAAGUAUGCGGCGGUUUUUCCUUUCAAGUGGGGAAUGCGGCAGCCGCGGUCGAGGCUCGCGAUGAGAUGCGGUGGCGUUGAGAGGAGGAAAGAAGGCGAUUCUUCGACCAGAUGCAGCCCUACCACGCCGCUUUCCUGGAGCGGUGGCGGCGGAGAUGCCUCUCCUUCUGGAACGGCCGACGGUCUCGAAGAGACCAGCCGUUCUCCCUCUGGCUUCAGAUCCAAGAUUGCUAGCACAUCUGAAGCCACUACUAGCAUUACACUCCGGAGGAAAAGGAACAAGAAGGCAUUUUCUGAGCUUAAAGAGGAGGAGAUUUUGCUGUUGAAGGAAAGGAUACAUCUGAAAAAGGAGUUGGAAAUGUUACGAGCAACUUUUAAGAAACAAAGAGCCACAAAUGAGAAUUUGAAGAGAAUAAAGGUUGAUUUAGGUUUUCAGCCUGCAAAGAACCCGAAUUCGAUUUUCAAUGAACAAGAGAAAGUGACUUGCUGUCAAAAGAAACACAGCGAAGCGCCUCUUUUGCCAAGACAUGCGACGGGAGAGAAUCAUCCACUGUCAUAUUCUAGUGAAGCACAGAAGAAUGUCUCUAUCCAGGGACCGUCCUUCGUACUCCCGGAUCUAAAUAUGAUGCCACUGGAGGAAGACUCCACCUCGGAGGCCGUAUAUGGAUUGAGACGAUGAAAAUAAGUUGAUUUCACCAUUUGAAGUCAUUACAAUGGGCUCACGGUCACAGGCGAUAUGCUCGUAAACUAACAUAUCUAAGGAGUUGUUCGAGUUGAUCAUGUUCAACCAUUAGUGCAGGUUAUUGACUACUUGAGCAAGUUUUCAAGGGUAGCUAGAGAUCCUGGUUAUUAGAUUGUAAAGAUUAUUGUUAUGGUUCUGGAUUCCGUAUUCCUCUGGAAUUCAUUUGGGGUAAAAACCCCAUUACUUUGUAGCUCAGAACAUUUUAGAAGUAGUUUUGUCAUUCUUUGUAGCUUAAAAUAGGUCCUGAAGACUUAUCCUAUCUAAUACUGUCUUUUUUGUCGUUUCCAUUGCAAUUAUUGACUAUUCUUACGCGAGA